AUGCUUUCAAAUUACUGGGACUUCCCAAUCCUGUGCCUCCAACAUGGGCUCAUAGCCUGGAGCCAGGUUCAACACCCUUAGCACAAGUACCCCAAGUUUAUGCCAGGCGAUCUGCAUGGUAACCAACCCAAGCGUCCCACGACCGUUUCUUCUCUCUACUUGCCCCAGCUGCUGUACUGGGUACUUUCCUCCGGGGAGGUCAUUUUCCCCAUGUAAGGUUCAAGGGUGGCUUGCAUAACAGAAGGUCUCACUCACACAUCGGGAUGUCCGUCUCUUCCUUGAUUUUUAUGACAUACAGCCAUAAAAAUCCCCCCUCGUAGACGCCAGAGAGCACUACCUUCCCUGAUGGCGGUCUAAGUUGACCCAGGGUUGAUAAAUGAGUUACGGUCAUCAACGUUUGUACGGUACACCAUGGGUAGCUACCCCACUACCGCUCCCGAGUAGACCUUCGCUGCCGAAAGCUUGACCAACAAUCCCCCCACACUUUGUACCGGCGUCUAUCCUUCAAGAUUUUAAGAUAUCUACGUACCGCUUGGUGCUCCUUCUCUUUUGGGUCAUUUGGUCGGUCAUUUGAAAACAAGGUUCUUGAGUAUGUUGGUCUGACAUUUUGUCUUGCAUUAUCCACCCCUCUCCUUGCGGAGAAUUCAGGAU